CAUAUAUGCUGACCCAAGUCUCACCUUCACCAAGCCCGGUCAUAAAUCAAACCUUCCCCACUAAUUUUUUUUAAUGUUUUGUUUUCUAAUUUCUAAUUCUCCGUCGUCUGCACCACCGCCUCUGCCUCUCCACCGGCGUUGCCAGCCUAUCUUCCUCAGCUCAAUCGCCGCCAUGAAACCAUGAUUUGAUAAUCCCCUUCCAUUUUUUUUUCCUUUCCUUAAAAGGUAACGGAAUCGAGACCAAGAAAAUUGUAAUAAACCUAUAUCUAUGGGCGCAUCGUUAUCCAACUUAACGGAGAACGGUGCCGCCGGCGGUGGCCCAGGUUUAGGGGACAUUCCGGAGAGUUGUGUGGCCUGCGUCUUUUUAUACUUGACGCCCCCUGAGAUAUGCAACUUGGCUCGGCUCAACCGCGCUUUCCGCGGCGCCGCUUCCUCCGACGCUGUCUGGGAAGCUAAGCUUCCGCCCAACUAUCAGCAACUGCUUGAACUAUUCCCGCCGGAACGCUACCAGAAGCUGUCCAAGAAAGACAUAUUUGCUCUCCUUUCUCGCCCUGUCUCCUUCGAUGAUGGCUACAAGGAGGUGUGGCUCGACAGGGUUACUGGAAGGGCUUGCAUGGCAAUCUCUGCGAAAGCAAUGACAAUAACGGGGAUUGAAGACCGGAGAUACUGGAACUGGAUUACAACUGAUGAAUCUAGAUUUCAUGUUGUUGCCUAUCUGCAACAAAUAUGGUGGUUCGAAGUUGAUGGCUUUGUAAAAUUCCCCUUUCCUCCUGAUACCUAUACCGUGUCAUUUAGAAUUCACCUGGGAAGGUCUUCCAAAAGGCUUUUGCGACGUGUCUGCUAUGAACACACUCAUGGUUGGGAUAUAAAACCUGUACGAUUUGAACUAUCAACGGCAGAUGGUCAAGAAGCAUCGAGGGAGUGCUGCUUAGAUGACACUGAGCCCGAUGAUGGAACUGGGAAUCAUAAACGUGGAUGUUGGGUUGACUACAAGGUUGGUGAGUUUGUUGUCAGUGAAUCUGAUCCCGCAACUGAGGUUAGCUUUUCAAUGAAACAAAUUGAUUGUACACAUUCCAAAGGUGGGCUUUGUGUAGAUAUGGUAACCAUUAUCCCGAAUGAUCUAAUACGUGGACGAAAACGGGUUAUCUGGUCAUAGAGCACCUAGUUUGUCAGUGUUACAGUAGUUCUUUGUUAGGAUUUUUACGAUGCAGCUACUUGUACACAUGGAAGUAGUUAGAUGCAAUUAUCUUUUUUCCUUUUUUUUUGGGCUUUCAGUAAGUCGUAUGUUUGUGUACAUUCUGUGUCUGACUUCAGUUUUCUUCCAUAGAAAUUCAUUAGUAUGUAGUUUAUUUUUGGCUACUAACCAGAACUGCUAGUCUUUUUUGAAUGUAAAUGAUAAACAUUAUACAGUGAGCUAAAAAUUCUUUUUGGUGAUUCAAUUCGCCAACUGCGUUUGACUAGAAUUUUUUCCCCUUGAUUUUCUUUUAAUUCAUGAAUUAAUAUUCGUAUUGCUUCUAUCGUUCCUGCUUGCAUUUGCCCCCUGAAAUUGUAGAGAAUUCCUCUGGUGAGG